GUGCUUCACUUUUCCAGUGCCCACCAUGCCGGCCGUAUCCGUGCUCUGUGCGAUGAUGGGCGAAGGGAGAGCUCCUUCUUUGACGACCGGCACUUCCUCUUCACGCACACCAUGGCAGAGGAGAGGCGGGCAAGCCUGAGGGUGACACUUGGUGAUGCUGCUUCUGCUGAAGUGGAUCUGUGUCACGUGGUGGCAGCAGCGCAGUGGUUCUCAACCCAUCUGCACCGCGCCAUACCCAUCCUCAUCGUGUCGGACGAGCUGGCAGCGGCACGUGGCAGCAUUCCAUUGGGCGAGGUGCUGCAGGCUGUGCAGCGCAACGAGGUGGUGGUGAUGACAACAGAGGCAUUCUUUCAGACCUACUAUGGCCACUGCACCACAGUCACCACGCUCAUGGACUCCCUCCAUGAGCAUCAACCAUCCUCACUGCUUCAACUGCUGAUCAGGACUCUCCACCAACAUGCCUGUGCUCCUGUCCUCCUCCCUCCCCACCAGGCCACCCAGCAUGCCUUGCGCCUCUCGUCAUCCUUCAAAUCCACGUCUGGCGGCAGCAGGCUCGGUGGCAGCAGGUUCGGAAGCGGCAGGCUCGGCAGCGGGAAGCAGCGCAAGGAGGUGUUCACACCACACCUGUCAAGUGAGUCGAGUCGAGAGCCAAUUGACAUGGAGGAGGAGGAAUUGACUCGGUCUGCAAGGAAACUAGGCACAGCAGUGGCGGAGGGGGUGGCACUGGGGGCCAUCCGAGUGGGAGUGCUGCACAUCACAACCACCACAGUUCCGGUUUCCAUAUCUUUACAUCCCAUGCAUUCCUUCCAUCCCUCCACUCUCAGGCACAGCAGUGGCGGAGGGGGUGGCAGUGGGGGCUAUCCGAGUGGGAGUGCUGCACAUCACAACCACUGA